AUGGUUGGAGCUGUUGCGCUCAUCGAAUGGGGCUGGUCAUUGGAGGCUGAGACGACCGUGGCCGCGCCGCUCGUCUUGCUCUUCAUUGUCGGCAUGCUCGUGCCGUCGUCGUUUGGCGUUCUCAACACGCUGCUGGUCGACCUCAACGGUGACGCGCCGGCCACGGCUGCCGCAGCGAACAAUCUGACCCGGUGUCUUUCUGGCGCCGCCGCCGCCGCCGCCCUGGAUCACAUGUUUGAUUCCAUGGGUCGCGGCUGGACUUUCACCCUGUUGGCUCUGCUGAUGGUCGCUUGCCUGCCUGGCUUGCGGGUACUCGAGAGGUAUGGCCCUCGCUGGAGGGCAGAGAGAGCAGCCAGGACAGGGCGGAAGACGGGGGAGCAAGAGAACUAG